AUGGCUGAACCGCCGCCUCAGCCUCCGGGACCAAACCAGCGCCGUCCUCGCCAGGACCGCCGCCUGGAGCUGCUGCUGCUGUUGCUGCUUCUCCCUUUGUUUCGCUUCAGCUUGGGAAAGCCAGCGGGCAGAGGGGGCUUGGGCUGCGUCCACCGGGCGAAGCCGGAGAAGCCGAGCGGUGGUUGGCCGGGCUGCGCUCUCUUCGGGGAACGGAAGGAAAGCUCGCCGUCCGCCAGUGUCCAGGAGGACGAUCGGGGCUGCGCGGGCUCCCUCUCGCAAGCCCUGGCGGGGCAAGGGAAGAAGGGCAGCUUUUCUCCUGGUGGAUCCCUGACCCCACCUCGGGAAAGGAGGACGAUCCGCUGCCCGGUUGGCAGCGCCCUGGGAGAUCCAGGCAGCGCUCCCUCUGGCUCGUGGAUUAUAAACGCUUCCGCGCUUCUUCCGGAUCCCCCGAGUCCGGCGAGGCUCGGAGAAAGCCGUGCGCGGACUACCUGGGCAUGCCUCGUGAGGCUCGCUGCGGUUGGGGUGGAUUCCGCGCAGAUGGGCGUCUACUCCAGCCCUUCCAAUCCACGCCCUAGGAGGGGGGCGAGCCAGCCGGACAAUGGGGUGUCCGGUGGGAUGAAGUCUCCCUCCCAAAAUCGCCGGGACCCGACCCCUUGGAACGGGACUGCAGUCUGUAUCCAGCGGGUCCACCUGUGUGCGAAGCCAUUUCGCCGCCUUCAGAACGGCACCGACCGCUCCGCCACCAGAGCUAGGAGAAAAGGCGGCAGUCCCGCCAUGCCUUCGUGGUUCCCGAUUAUGCGACUGGCUUCCUUUUCCCGCCCGGGAGCCCGUCCGCCUUUCUGCAGGUGGUUCGCCUUGUUGACCUGCCUUCAGCUCUGCCUGGGGCAACCGGCGCCCCGUGGAAUUUCCCUCGGCUGCUGCGCCGGCGAGUGCUGUGGGAGCAGCCCAGAGCAAUGCUGCCUUUGUACCUGGACCAGAAAAGGCUGGGCGAGAGCUGCUUCGGCCGUUUCAGCAGCUCGGACAGCUCCCUGUGCUUUUCUGGGAGCCAAUCCGAACGUAGACUGGAGAAGGCGCGAUCUCCUCUUUUCUUUCCAUCCAUUUGACUCUACCAAAGGCUGUUUGCAAACUCUUUGUUUUGAGGUGAAUUUUAGGAGUCCGUCGUCGAUCCCGGAAUUCUUUCCCUCCCUGCCGCUAAAACCCACCCAUCCAGCUAUGCAGAGCGAGAUAACCUAUUCCAUGUGUGCCAAGAAAAGGAGACGAAGACAAGGGGCGCCCCUGCCCUUGCUGAGGGUGCGGAGGGCAGCCAAUCGUCACCCCCUCUUCCCUCAGUAUAAUUACCAAGUCCAGGUGGCUGAAAACCAGCCUUCGGGCACGCCAGUGAUAACGGUGGCAGCCCAAGACUCUGAUUCCGGGGAAGCUGGGCGGCUGGUCUAUUCCAUGGAUGCUCUGAUGAACAGCAGAUCUCUGGAACUGUUCAGCAUUGAUUCCCAAAAUGGCCUCAUCAGUACCACUGAAGUUUUAGACAGGGAAAAUAUGGACCUACACUACUUCCGAGUGACUGCUAUGGAUCAUGGGAUUCCCCGUCUUUCUGCCACCACCAUGGUUGCGAUCACAGUUGCAGACAGAAAUGAUCAUAAUCCAGUAUUUGAGCAGAGUGAGUACAGAGAGACAAUCCGGGAAAACGUAGAGGAAGGCUAUCCCAUUUUGCAGCUGAGGGCCACCGAUGUAGACUCUCCACCCAAUGCCCAUAUCAGAUAUCGAUUUGUAAAUGAGCAAGCUGCUCACUCUGUCUUUGAGAUAGAUUCACGGUCAGGGCUGAUCACUACAAGUGGGCAAGUAGAUAGGGAGAAAAUGGAGAAGUAUUCUUUGGUGGUGGAGUCAAAUGAUCAAGGUAAGGAGCCUGGCCCUCUAUCCUCCACAGUUAGAGUGUACAUAACAGUUCUUGAUGAAAAUGACAAUGUCCCACAAUUUAGUGAAAAGCGGUAUAUAGUCCAGGUAAGAGAAGAUAUAAGGCCCCAUUCAGAAAUUUUAAGAGUUACCGCCUCUGAUUUAGACAAAGACAACAAUGCUUUAGUUCAUUAUAACAUCAUCAGUGGUAAUAGUAGGGGGCAAUUUUCAAUUGAUAGUGUGACUGGGGAAAUACAGGUGGUAGCUCCUUUGGAUUUUGAAGUUGAGCGAGAAUAUGCCUUGAGGAUCCGUGCCCAGGAUGCAGGACGUCCUCCUUUGUCCAAUAACACAGGCAUGGUUAGCAUCCAAGUAGUGGACAUUAACGAUCAUGCUCCUAUCUUUGUCAGCACCCCCUUUCAAAUAUCUGUAUUGGAAAAUGCCCCUUUGGGCCAUUCAGUAAUACACAUCCAGGCGGUGGAUGCAGAUUAUGGAGAGAACUCGCGCAUCGAGUACAAGCUCGCUGGCAUCUCUUCUGAUACGCCCUUUGUAGUGAACAGUGCCACGGGCUGGAUUACUGUGAGUGGCCCUUUGGAUCGAGAGACUGUGCAGCACUACUUUUUUGGGGUAGAAGCCCGGGACCACGGCUCUCCCUCUUUAUCUGCAUCUGCUAGUGUCACCAUCACUGUCAUGGAUGUAAAUGAUAACCGGCCCGAAUUUACCCAGAAAGAAUAUUUAAUUCGCCUCAAUGAAGAUGCUGCUAUGGGGACUAGUGUUCUUAGUGUAACAGCAAUUGACCGGGAUGUGAAUAGUGCCAUCAGCUAUCAGAUAACAGGUGGGAAUACACGGAACCGUUUUGCUAUCAGCACUCAAGGAGGAGUGGGAUUAAUCACCCUUUCUUUGCCCCUGGAUUACAAACAAGAGAGGCGGUUUGUGUUAACAGUGACAGCCUCCGAUAGGACCCUGCAUGACAACUGCCAUGUUCAUAUCAACAUUACAGACGCCAACACUCACAGGCCAGUGUUCCAGAGCGCCCAUUAUUCAGUCAGUGUUAAUGAGGACCGUCCAAUUGGUAGCACGGUGGUAGUCAUCAGUGCCACAGAUGAUGAUGUUGGAGAAAAUGCCAGGAUUACCUACUACUUGGAAGACAACAUUCCCCAGUUUCGGAUUGAUGCAAACACCGGUGCCAUCACCCUGCAGGCAGAGCUGGAUUAUGAGGACCAGGUUACCUACACACUGGCCAUUACAGCAAAAGAUAAUGGGAUCCCCCAGAAAGCAGACACAACCUAUGUGGAAAUCAUGGUGAAUGAUGUCAAUGAUAAUGCCCCUCAGUUUGUGAGUGCUCACUACCAAGGUGUCAUCUCGGAGGACAGCCCUCCCUUCACAAGUGUGCUUCAGAUCUCUGCCACCGACAGGGAUGCCCACGCCAAUGGACGGGUGCAGUACACGUUCCAGAAUGGAGAGGACGGGGAUGGGGAUUUCAUUAUCGAGCCCACCUCUGGGAUUAUUCGAACCAUCCGCAGGUUGGACCGAGAAAGCAUUCCUGUUUACGAACUUACUGCCUAUGCUGUGGACAGGGGAAUGCCCCCCCAAAGAACCCCUGUCCGUAUUCAAGUGUCGGUGCAAGAUAUUAAUGACAACGCUCCGGUCUUUCCAGCCGAGGAGUUUGAAAUCUUUGUGAAGGAAAACAGCAUUGUGGGCUCUGUCGUGGCCCAGAUCACAGCCCUGGAUCCAGAUGAAGGACCCAAUGCCCAGAUUAUGUACCAAAUUGUGGAAGGCAAUAUCCCUGAGAUCUUCCAGAUGGACAUAUUUUCGGGUGAGCUCACUGCCCUCAUUGAUUUGGAUUAUGAGACCAAGCCCGAGUUUGUCAUUGUGGUUCAUGCCACUUCUGCCCCUCUUGUCAGCAGAGCUACAGUCCACAUCAAACUCAUUGACCAGAAUGAUAACAGUCCCAUUCUGAAAAAUUUCCAGAUCCUCUUUAACAAUUAUAUCUCCAACAAAUCCAACACCUUUCCUUCCGGUGUAAUAGGGAAGAUCCCUGCCUAUGACCCAGAUGUGUCUGACAGACUGUUUUACACCUUUGAACGAGGAAAUGAGCUGCACUUGUUAAUUGUCAAUCAGACUAGUGGGGAACUCAGACUGAGCCGUAAACUGGACAACAAUCGUCCCUUGGUGGCCUCCAUGUUGGUGACUGUCACAGGUAAAGAUGAUUUUCAUUUUUUCAAUAUAUUGUAUCGAAGUUGGAUUUCCUUGAAUUAUAAAGAUUAA